AAGAAAAGAAAAGAAAACCUAAAAGCGUCAUUUCCUCACACCCUUCUCCCAUUGUCUACCAUCAACCUUCUCGGGCUGUUCUUCUCCAACGGGGGCGACGAGUGUCCGACGGCGACGGUGUAUAGACGACAACGUGGUCAUCCUUUUCUUUAGCAGCCUCUGAACACCCGCGAAUGUGAGCUUUUGUGAAUCAUUUUUACACAACCUCACCAACAAGCAGCCCCAACGACCUGUCGUUGCGUAUCACAUCCACGCAUUCAUGCGCGGUUCUUGAACACAUCGGGUUCCUCUCCUUUUAGACUAGUUUCGGCAUUGACCCACACUUCCAUUGGCCUUAAAUCAGUUUACUCACAACUUAUAAGGUUCAAAUCUGCAAGUUUGGAUGCUUUCAAACACCAAACAGCAAGGCCAGCAUGGUUUGGAAUCCUUUCAGUAAGAUUCGAUAAGGAUCAGGUGAUAGUUCGGAAGGAAGUGAAGUUGGUCAUUUUGGUGCAGGACAUCAAAGGAUAUCUCUUAAGAUUUGAUAGCUUGACUUAGAAAUUGUUUGUAAUAAGUUUCUUCUGCUGAAUUGUCACAUUCAGGCCUCUCAACUAUUAUUUAGUGUGAGGGCUUGCUCCAAACCUUUUCCCUCCCAAGGUUAUUCUGGGAAAGUAAGGUGUGAAUAUGGAUGAAGACCUGAAAGUUUCUCUUGACAAGCUUCCCAUCAAGCGCUUGGAGGCCAUAGAAGAGAAUGGUCUCGAACGAUUUCCAACAGAUGUUGGUUAUGAAGAGAAACGGUUGUCGCUUAUUCGGAGAAUUGACUUUGCUUGGGCAAUAGAGAAGGACGAUGAAAAAAAGAAGCAGAAGAAGAGCUCCAAGGAGAGUUCAACACCGUGGCAAUGGCAGAACAUGAUAGAAAACUUGCAGUUGGCUCAUCAAGAGCUCUCUGUUAUCAUAGACCUUAUCAACACCGUGGAAGCUAAUGAUGCAGUAACUGUGGCUGGAAUGACAAGGCCAAAACCAUUACCUAAUGAAGUUCUAGCAGAUCUUGGAGUUUCUGUAGCAACGAAACUACAAUGCUUUCGACAUCUUGGUAAAUAUUUCAAGCAGUCAGCUAAAGGUUUGGAACGACAGGUUGCAAGGGAAGCAAGAUUUUAUGGUGCUUUAAUUCGAUUGCAGCAAAACUGGAAGGUUAAAAGGCAGCGAGUGGCUGCUCCAGCUCCUGCAAAUGAAGGCUUUACCAUUGAUUUAUUUGACAAUUCAUCAUGUGAUCCUUCAUCUGUGUUUCGACCAUCUUCAUCUACUAUUCGUGUUGAUCAUGAUUCGUCUGGAAUGCUGGCAAUUAAUUUGCCUCCAAAUUCAUGCCACUCCCUUCGUUUUGGAUUUCUCAGUGGAUGUAAUGUGGAAAAUCCUUUGGAACAUGAUAAAAAUGACACUACAAAUCCUUCCAAUCAGACUUCGGUAAAAAGGGAAAAGGAAUUUACAAAUGACGAUGAGUACAUUAAGGAAACAAACUCACUUCUCCGUCAAGUUCACCAUGCCAUUUUCUGCGAGCAGGUGUUUGAUUUGGUGAAUCAUGAAGCAUUCAAUCCAUCCGUAGGUAUCAACGUGACUGGCAUACGAGAAAAUUACUUGCAAUUAAGUAUAGAUCAGGGUACCUCGGUCUUUAUCUCUCUAGUGCCAUCUGGUCAAAGUUGCCAAACAGUUGAAGGUGCCAAUUCCGAGAUCCUGGAUAAUGCAAAUUUGCCUUUUGAUUCGCUUGAUGGGAUUGAAUUACCAGAUAGAAGUGAUCCACUUGAAAAGAAAUUGCGGAAUCCAAAUCAUAUAACUUUUGAGAUAUAUCUGCAACAAAUUUUCCAUGAGCUAGUAUUUGUAAAAUCAAAUGAUAGACCCAUUUCAUCAUUAAGCAGGCAAUCGGGUCAAGUUUCUAAUGAUGGGUCUGGACUUCUUGGUCAUUUCUGUUUGUCUCUGGCUCACAGAAUGUUCGCAAACAAUGUUCUCAUGGAGCUUGAAAAUGUGGUCUGGAAAGUCCCAUUUCUUCAAUUGAUAUCUCAUCCCACUUGGAAUUCUCGAAAAUCAUCUUGGACGUUUUUCAUGGAAGUUCCUCGGUCCAUACUUCAUCCUAAUAGCAUCCAGGCUCGUACAUCAGACAGUUAUCAAAUGAAUAAUGUAACCAAAACACAGUUUUUGACUAAAGUUGUUGUAAAUGAUGAUUGCAUUACUAUCGAAGGAGAAGGUGCACCAAAUGUUGUUGGCUUGUUCAACGGAAAUUCCAAGGAUAUCUAUUUGACGAACAGAUACAGCUGUGACUUGGCCGAUCUUCCUGUUAUAAUUCUGUUGCAGGUUGCGAGCCAGAUUAUUCUUUGGCUUCAUGAGGAGGCUCUAACCUGGGGAAUAAAGGCCAACCGCGACUUCCUAAGUCUGUCAUUUGAGCUUGAACAAGGUGAAACACUCCGGCUGGUAGCCCAUGUGGACCCAGAAGAUCCUCAAGGAUGUCUUUCAUGGUGGUUGGUAAUGGACGAUGGGUUGAUGGAGGACAGGAAACUUAACUUUGAGACUUCAGAUGUUGUGCCUGAAUACAGGAAGUUUUUGGGGAAUUUAUCUCUAGAAGUUUUGCAUUCAACAUUAAUGGAUUUGGUUAGUUUGUGCAGUGGGGUUGGUGGUAGCCUAUAACCAUGAUUUUCUUGUCUGGAAUUACAAUUAGAAAUUGCAUCGUUGUCUAGUAAUUGUAAUUCUGCCUCUAGAUUUUUGAAUCUAAUGGUAUCUUCAGUUUUUUGUCCUCAUUGCUUACUCAACAUCAUGUAUUACUUAUAGACCAUGCAAAAAUAGUGAAUCUAAAGCAACGGAUGGCUGGAAGCUGACUUCAAGAGGAAGAAACUGUUUAGUGA